AACUACUUUACACCGUGUUGUGCUGUUUCAGCGAUGUCUCUUUAAAUGAGGGAGCGUGUGUAAUAAGUGUGGCUGUGGUUGGUUUUCUUCAGCUCUGUCUGUUAGUUCGCAUAAUAUCCGAUAAACGCGAGCAACGCGCAGCGCGUGCAGUUCAAAACAGAACGUUCCGAGUCUGACAAACAAACAGAGCGCUUUACGUUUCUGAAGGAUGGAAAAAACGUGUUUGUCGUUCUAUUCGGAUUCCGGAGCAACAUUUUAUUAAUUUGAUCAGUAUGUCAGUGGAGCUUUGAAGAACUUUCUACUUGGAUACAUCAGGUGUGAUAGGACUACUAACUGCCUGGAGCAACAACUCGAAGCAUUGAAUACACAGACUGGAUGUAACCUUUAGGCUUAUCCCGCACAAUAACUCUUCUUAAUCUAUAUAAAGUGCUUUGUUUUGGUCUGUAACUUUGAUGCGCGCGGUUGCUUUAGUAAGCAACUGUCAGCGCAGACGGAGCAUCGCAGUGAAUCUACUUCCAGAUGUCCAUCUCUCUCUGCUCGUAACAGGUGGAGCUCAUUUCACUCCAUCUGUCCGCUGCUGAAGUGGCAUAUAUGGGCAACCAGGUUGACAAACUGUCACACCUAAGUUACGCCGAAGUUCCCACGACCGACCCUAACGGGCUCGACACGGAGGAAGACGGCCCGCGGAUCGGGGUCUCCUACAUUUUCGCCACCGACGACGACGAACUGGACGAUAAUCAUCAUCAGCAUGUCGAUGGAUCGGAGCAGAAGGAGGAAGAGAAGCACUACGAGCUGGACUGCGCGGUUUACCACCGAGACGAGUGCAUUUAUGAGAGAAGUAGCAACACUACGGAACAGGAGACGUUCAGCCCGGAGAAUUUAUUGAACAAAUGUAAGCCCGGGGACGUGCUGGAGUUCGUGUCCGCCGGGCAGUACCCGCACUGGGCUGUGUACGUGGGGGACGUCCAGGUGGUGCACCUGCACCGGGCGGAGGUCAAGAACAGUUUUCUGACCGAUGCUAGUCAGGGCAGGAGGGGCAGGGUCGUAAACGAGCUGUACAAAUACAAACCUCUCAGUCCUGACAUGGUGGUGCAGAACGCGAUGGAGCAGGUGGGGGCCAAAGACAGAGAGCUAAGUUGGAGAAAUUCGGAGUGUUUCGCCGCCUGGUGCAAAUUCGGUAAACGGGAGUUCAAGAUGGGAGGGGAGAUACGGAUAGGAAAACAGCCGUACAGAUUAAAGCUCUUCUUGCCUGACAAACAGUUUCAUGUGCUGGAGUUUCAGAGUUUGGAGGAUUUGAUCAUGGAAAAGAGGAGAAACGAUCAGAUCGGCAAAGCGGAAGUUUUACAGGAGUUGGCACAUCAUUUGAUGAAUAACGGAAGUGAAGCGAACGUUCAUUGACGUGCAACAGGUAGCGGACAGAAAUGUAACCCAAAAUAUGAUUCUAACGAAACCCGUCCAGAACAUUUAACUGCAAAUAUUGAACAAAAUGUUUUUUGUUUAAAGAAAAUGACAAAACUCCAUGAUACAAUACUAGCUCUUCAUCAUAUCACUGCGCCGCUCCCAUAGCAGAUGUUCUCAUGAAAGGGACUACAUCUUUUAGUGGAAGGAUAUUACUUAAUUUAAUAAUGAUAAUAAAAGUUUAAAUAUAAAAA